AUGUUCAAAAGUCUAGCUAUAAAUCAUUCACAGCUUUUUCAGUUUAUAAAAGAGUUGAAUAAGACUGUGUUUGGUUCUGAGUUGAAGGUUGUCUCUUUAGGUUCUAGGAAGAAUCUCUGCAUCAAUCAAGAGGUGCUGAAGAUUGGUAACCCUGCUAGUAUCAAUGAACGUUGUUUGGAGCUGCACAAUAGUAAGAAAAGUGGAGGUUCAAAGAUCAAGGUUUUCAAAGGCAGAAAGAUGGCUGGGCGCAUGGGUGGCAAACAGCGGACAGUGAAAAUCGGUGGGAAAAGAAAUGGGCGGGAUUGGAAUUAUACAGAGAAGUUCAUAGGUGAACUUUUAAUCAAGUAGACAGAUUAUUAUUCAUUCAGAUUGGACCAUCAGAUCACAUGUUCUUACAAAGCAAGGAGUUCUAACAUGGGUUUACAAAGCAAAGCAAUGCAAGCAGUAGCAGAAUAGCAAUAGCAGAACAGCAAGCAGAACACAAAGUAGCAGAAGCAGAACAAUAGUAGCAGAAGCAGUAGCAGAACAGCAGUAGCAGUAGCAGAAGCAGAACAGCAGUAGUUAUGAUAUCCUGGCUGUGAUAGUUCUUGGAGUUAUCGGAGGUGUUCUGGGCAGCUUUUAUAAUUAUCUUGUUGACAUGCACUAUCGUUCACAACGUUGUAGCACCAGGCCCAGCAAAACAGUUAUAUGUUUUUUUUCAGUUUUUAAAGUGUAAUAUUACAAGUUAUUGAGACAAAUA